AUGGUUUCUGAUUCUUCUGGUGUGAGAACACAUUCAGGUUGGAGAUUAAAGGCACUUAAUGCACGACGUCGAAUUAGUAUUAUAUCACAAGUCAACAAACGUUUAACUGAAAAUUCGAUUCUAACUAAAGAAUUACAAUCGAAACCAUCAACAGUUACAUCUAUUUCAAACAAUUUACCUCCAUCAUACAAUACUUCAGCAAAUCUUGGUACGACUAAAUCUUCAGUUCAAUCACUUCAGACUUUGACAACAGUCAAAGGUGAUGAAGCAUCUGUUAAUAAUAUACAUUCUAAAUCAAUAUUUCUUUCAACACCAUCAAAUUCUAAUAAUUUAUGGUCAUCCAUUAAAGUAUCGAAUAAUGAACCGAUGGUAACAACAUCUUUUUUUUCAAUGAUCAUUUACCUCAAGUUCAUAGCAUAUCGAGCUUAUUAUCAUCUUCACCAAAUUUAUCAUCAUUACAAUCUAAUAAUGUAA